UUGGCCAGUUGGCCACACCUACCAUUUAAAGAUGUCUGCGCCCAGCGGUCCCAUGGUCCCAGUUUCCCAGUCGGCACCGAGCUGUUUGAUGCUGCGUGCCCAGUGCGCUGGUUGAACGUUCCUCAAAUAAAAUCAACCUGCAGUCGUUAGGUCGAUCCUUAUUUAACCGCUCACGUCGCGGAUAAAAACUGCUGCCAAUGAUGAACGUCAAUAUCGCGAGAAGACUUUCGUCUGUCUGUCGACGGCUGCGUGCGAGCCGGACGUUAGAAGAAUGUCAAAUGCCGGCGUCGUCCCGCAUCUUCUACCGCCAGCACGGUAACUCCAGCAACUACGAUCGGAACAGUGGUGAAUAUGGGCAUCAACACAAGUCUGGACGCUUUUCUACAAGUUGGCGAAGUUCUCUCGGAACUGGUCUGGUUGUCGGGACCCUUUCGUUUGCCGGGUACACCACCUGGAAGCGAAGCAACAGCUGUUCCCUUUCACAAUCGCUCGUACCCACACUUCAGGCCGCUCAGAUUAUUGACAGUGACAAGCGUCAGGGAGUGUCUCCUCCGUCAAGGAACUUCAAUUUCAUCGCCGAUGCCGUCGAAAAGACCGCGCCAGCGGUCGUUUUUAUCGAGAUACUGGGCAGGCACCCGUUCACCCAGCAGCAGAUCACGGUGUCCAAUGGCUCAGGCUUCAUUGUCAAGUCGGAUGGCCUGAUCCUGACCAACGCCCACGUGGUGGCAGACGGGAGGCUGGUCACGGUCAAGUUGCAGAACGGCCAGGAGUACAAGGGAAAGGUCGAGUCGGUCGACCUCCGCUCCGAUCUGGCGACAGUACGCAUUGUCGCGAAAGACCUGCCAACGUUGCCACUGUCACGCACAAAGGACCUGCGACCGGGAGAAUGGGUGGUUGCCAUGGGCAGUCCCCUGGCCCUGAACAACACCAUCACGGCGGGAGUCAUCAGCUCACUGCACAGGUCCAGCAAGGAACUGGGGAUCCAGAACGAGAUGGACUACAUCCAGACAGACGCGGCCAUCAACUUUGGCAAUUCCGGGGGACCCCUCAUCAAUCUCGAUGGAAAAGUAAUUGGAAUCAACACCAUGAAGGUGACAUCAGGAAUCUCAUUUGCCAUCCCUGCCGAUUAUGCACUGGACUUUCUGGAAGCUUCUGCGAAGAAAUUGAAGGAGGACCCCUCAUCUGCCACGUCGGAGCGCUGGUACCUGGGCAUCACGAUGCUGACCCUGACACCCAGCCUCAUCCAGGAGCUGCAGGAGAGGGACCCCAUGUUCCCCAACGUCUCGAGCGGCGUCCUCGUCUGGAGGGUCGUCCUGGGAUCGCCCGCCAACUUGGCCGGCCUUCAACCUGGUGACGUCAUCACGAGGAUUGGCGGGAAGGAGGCAAGGUCCUCACAGGACAUUUACAGGGCUUUGGAGGCAUGGAAGCCGGUGGAAAUCGAAGUGAUCCACAGGGGCAGCAAAAAGACGGUCACUGCUCAGCCCUGACAUGUGGUCACGGCCACCACUAGGACGUACGACAAAACUACUAGCUCCUGUGCCUGUACAUAGUUGGUGGACAUUGCAAGGGGAAAUAAAGAUAUAUUGCAGUUGCUAAGUAA